AUGUGGAAGUCGGACGGCGAAGGAGGCGGAAAGGAAAAGCGCGGAUUCAUCUGGAACCUGGUGUUGGUGGAGGGCUCUGCCGACGCCCCGGCCCCCAGCAAGAUGAACACGAUCACCAGCGCAGACCUGCUCAGUGUGGCGUAUAUCACAAGAAAACACAACUGCCAGGACCCAGGGACCAUCCUUUCUCUGAUCAAGUGUGAGAUCCACGCGUUCUGGACCCCGAGCGAGUCUCAUGAAAUAUCCGUGAGCAUCCGCCCACACGGGGAGACCGUGUGCUUCUCCGUGAAGCCGGCCGGGAGGCACACGGUGCAGGUGACUCGCAGGGUUGUGGACUUCGGGCUCGUCCUCCUGUUCGUGGCCGGCAUCGUCCUCUUCCGCCUGGCGGAGCGCUUGAGUCAGAGCCCCGCUUUCUAUUACUCCCUGGGGACGGCGCUCGGCGUCCUGAUGACACCGGUCUUCCUCCUGCUGCUGGCGAGAAGGUGCAUCCGUAAGUGCAGCACCUUUGGGGCUGUGAUGGUUGCUUGUUGGCUUGCUUCAGUGUAUGUGGUGGGCCAGUGGAUGGAGCACCUGCCGUGGCUGUGGGGUGAGCACAGGAUGCAUGUCGUAGGGUACGCUGACGAGACCACGCCUUGGAUUUUUCCAGUUCCCCCUCUGUGGUGCUACGUCUUGACAGUUGGGUCUCUCAGCUUUGCUGCCUGUUACAGACGCGGGCCCCUGGUCAAGGAGAGGAGCCAGCGCCUCCUGGCGUGGACGCUGCGGCUCCUGGCCCUGGCCCUGACCUGCGGCGGCGCCCCCGUGCCCCAGGCCGCGUGGACCGCCGUCGGCCUCAUGCUGCUGCCCCGGGGUCUGCACUGCCCGGUGAGAGCCCUCAGGAACGUGAAGAAGUGGCUGACGUCCCGAAGGCUGGCGUUCAGGUACCUGACUGAGGAGGAGUACCGGGAGCAAGCUGCCGCCGAGACCACCCGGGCCCUGGAGGAGCUGCGCCAGGCCUGCCGCCGGCCCGACUUCCCGUCCUGGCUGGUCAUGUCCAGGCUCCAGGCGCCGAAAAAGUUUGCAGACUUCGUCCUUGGAGGAAGCCACUUGUCGCCCGAAGAAGUGCGUCUUCACGAAGAGUACAGCCUGGGGGGCGCCCUCCUGGAGGAGCAGCUCUUUAACCAGGGGCAGGGGCAGCGGCCUGAGUGUCCUGCCCCUGCCCCCUGCCCCGCCUGUACCCGGGUAGAUGAGCACUCCGUGAAGCAGCUCUGUCCUUGGGGAGGUGAGCUUCAUGCCUCCAGCCGCCAGAGGUGCAGCCGGGGCCUCCCGGAGCCCUUGGCCGGCCGCUGCUUGUGCCAGUGCCUCACCAAGCUCACUGUCGUCAGCAGAGACCUCCUAGUGAAGGGGCUGGCGACAGGGAUGAGCCGAUCAUCUCAGCACAUCACAAGCACGCGGGGCUACGGGUGA